CUCGUGAUAAUAAAUAUUAGAAUAAAAGAAGCGCUUUUAUUUCACAUAUGACAAAAUGUCGGUGGCAUUUUCAUCGGCGCGCCCCAGGAGUAAAGGGGAGGUGACACAGCAAACCAUUCAAAAGAUGCUGGAUGAAAAUCAUCAUUUAAUACAAUGUAUAAUGGAUUACCAAAGCAAAGGCAAGACAGCUGAAUGCACACAGUAUCAGCAGAUCCUGCACAGAAAUCUUGUUUACUUGGCCACAAUAGCAGAUUCAAAUCAGAACAUGCAGUCACUACUACCUGCUCCUCCGACUAGCAACAUGUCAAUGGGUCCUGGAGGGAUGGGCCAGACUGGGGGACACACGCCAAGCAACCUCAAUGACAACAUGGCACCAGGACUGCCACCCACAUCAAUGAUGCAGAGCCAAAUGAGCAACGGCCCCAGCCAUGCCCCCAUGCAGCAGCAGUCUGGUCAGGUGCAGUCGGCUAUUCCCUCCGCAUCCCUCAGCCUGCCGGCCAGCAGCUACAGCAGCUCGGCCUCCGGCUACAGCCACGCUGCUCCCUCUUCCCAGGGCAGCAUGAUCCAGGGCCCUGGGCCAGGCUAUGGCUCUUCCUCUUCUACUUCCUCCACAUCCUCAUCCUCCUCUUCCUCCUCCUCCUCCCGCAGCAACCUCAACAUGCAGUCCAACCAAGUCUCCAUGAUGCACCAACAGUCUGCUACUCCACACUACUCUUCAGCCCAGGCUGGGGGCCAACACUAUCAGGGACAGCAGGCCAUGGGCAUGAUGGGUCAGGGCAGUCAAGGAAACAGUAUGAUGUCUCAGAGGCCCAUGGGAUCCUACCGCUCUUCACAACAAGGAUCUGCACAGCAGUACAUGGGACAAGACGAGUUCUACGGAGAGCAGUAUGGACACACUCAGAGCUCCAGCGAGCCCAUAAACCGGCAAUAUUACCCUGAUGGUCACGGGGAGUACUCAUAUCAACAGUCUUCAUAUGGUGAGCAAGGCUACGACAGGUCCUUCGAUGAAUCAUCACAGCAUUACUAUGAAGGAGGUAACUCUCAGUACAGCCAGCAGCAGGCCCAGUAUCAGCAGGGCUCUGGGCAGCAGCAGCCCUUCAGCCAGCAGCAGUACUCCUCUCAACAAGGCUACAGCGGACAGCCACAAGGAUACGGUCCAGGCCAGGGUGGAUCCUCUCAGUAUUCUCAGUAUCAGCAGGGUCAAAGCCAACAGUACGGCUCCUACCGCUCCUCCCAAGGCGGUCCUGGAGGGCAGACGCAGAGGCCCUACGCCUACGAACAGGGUCAGUAUGGAAAUUAUCAGCAAUAAGAUGCCACAUUAUUUUCCUGCUGGAAGAAAAUGAAAAAGGAACCGAUCAACAGCAACGUGCUGGCUCAACUGUGGUUUAGGAGAUCUGGCUGCAUCAGAAUUUUUAUCCUCUCAUUAACCAUUUUAGCUAAGAAUACAUAAUAUAGUCAAAUAUAGUCAUCGUUUUUACUCGCUUGCAGGGUUGUAGCUGGUAGCUGAAGGUGUGGGCCACCGUAUGAAAAGUCAGGUCGCUUGUAGAAUCAAGGAAGUUAAUGUAAACCUUUCAUACGGAUUAAACGGGGGAGCAGUAAAGUCAUUAAACGAGCCUCAGCAAAUUGCCUGUAUCCUUCUCUUUUAUUUCCUGUCAUUGCCUUUCACUUAUCUUUACCCCAUCCCCUGCUUUUAAUGUUUAUUUUAUUUUACAAGCUUCUUUUUUAAUGCUUUUGUGCACAGAGAAAUGCCAGUGUUUAUGAGACUGAGGUUAUAAAAAGCAAAUUAGUCUUGGAGGAAAUGUUCCUUGAUAUUUAUCUUAUAGACUAGGUCCAGCUCUUGCUGUAAUUCCUAGCUG